ACGCUCAACGUACAGCUUGUUGGCUUACGAUCCGCUCGUGAUGCGCUUCGCGCAGUCGGAAUUGGUCGGAGUGGUGCGAUGCAGCCCGAUAUAACCUCGUAAUAAUUGCGAAGAGGCGUUCGCUAUGUCAGAGAAACGAAUUAAAAAUGAUACUGUGCCUGUAAUUUUCACCGUCGUCGAUAUUCUGCACCUCACGUCUCUGGGCAUUUGCAGAUGAAGUUGUGGAAGUUUAGCAGCAAGCGUAUUUACGAAGCUAAGCUUUAUCCACUGUUGUUUGUGGGUCAACUUUCAAGAUGAGCGAGAAUGAAUCCAUGUACGGGACAACCUUGUCUCAAGAGUCGAUCAAAGUGAUAGCGGAGAGCAUCGGCGUCGGCAACUUCCCAGAUGAGGCUGCAAAGGAUCUCGCGGAGGAUGUCAGUUACAGACUGAAGGAAAUUAUUCAGGAUGCUGCAAAAUUCAUGAGGCAUGGAAAACGUCAACGAAUGACUGCGCACGACAUAGAUCAUGCGCUGAAGAUUAAGAACAUUGAGCCAACGUAUGGCUUUUUCGCCAAGGACUACAUACCAUUCCGCUUUGCGUCAGGCGGCGGUAGGGAAUUGCAUUUUGUGGAGGAGAAGGAGAUAGAUCUUAACGAGGUUGUAGCUACGGCUGGCGGACAGUCGUGGCCGAAGCUACCACUGGAAAUUACGUUACGAGCCCACUGGUUGUGCAUCGAUGGAGUACAGCCCACCAUACCGGAGAAUCCACCGCCAGUGUCUAAAGACGCCCAGAAACUAGAGAGUGUUGAUCCGACGACCAAGCUCUCGAGCAAGAAUCAGAACAUCGGCGUCGGCAAACCGGGCGGCGGUGGCAAGAGCCAGAAGCUGCGGAACGUCGAGACUGUUCACGUGAAGCAGCUCGCGACGCACGAGCUCAGCGUGGAACAGCAAUUGUACUACAAAGAAAUAACCGAGGCUUGCGUCGGAUCCGACGAAGCUCGUAGAGCCGAGGCUCUUCAGUCACUCUCGGCGGAUCCCGGUCUGCACGAGAUGCUGGCGCGUAUGUGCACCUUCAUCGCGGAGGGUGUGCGGGUCAACGUAGUUCAGAAUCAUCUCGCGCUGCUCAUCUACCUCAUGCGGAUGGUCAAGGCCUUGCUUGAUAACCCGAGCCUUUACCUGGAGAAAUACCUCCACGAAUUGAUACCGUCAGUUGCGACCUGUAUAGUUUCUCGACAGUUGUGCAUGAGACCGGACGUGGACAAUCAUUGGGCGUUGCGCGAUUUUGCUUCCCGACUGAUGGCGCAGAUAUGUAAAAAUUUUAACACCUCCACGAAUAAUGUGCAAACUAGAGUCACUCGGAUGUUCAGUCAAGCAUUGGCGAAAAAUACUCAGACACCAUUGGCAUCUCUAUAUGGGGCGAUCGAAGGACUCUGUGAACUAGGACCUGAAGUGAUCAAAGCUCUGGUUAUCCCUAAAAUCAAGUCUAUCUCUGAGCGUAUCGAGUCGUGCAUCGAGGGUCAAGGGCUAUCCAGCGUAGAUAAAAAUGGAGCAGGACACAUCAAAACUCUGCUUGUGAAAUCAGUCGCUCCAGUUUUGAAAACAAUACGAUCGCCACCAGAUUACGUAGAGGAGUACAAACAGGAUUAUGGAUAUAUAGGACCUGCAUUGUGCGCGGCAGUUGCAAAGGCUCGCACGCAACCGGCCGCUUUAACAACCACAGCUACAACUACGGCACUCACCACGAAUCAGCAACAAGGUUCUAACUGCACGGGAAAGACAGUCGUGCAGACAGUAACCAGUUCGAGUCCAGGUCAGCAACCCGGCCGCACAUUUAUGCUUGGCACAAGCAGAACUGCUACCGGAACUUCCGCCACCGGCGGACAGAAAUUUGUUAUCUUGCAGUCGCGCUCACAAACACCUACUAUUUCCAACAUAAAUACUACUGCUAUCAAUACCAGUACUAUCCAACAACAGCAGCAACAACAGCCGCAGCAGCAGCAGCAGGCACAAGCACAAAUACAACAACCACAGCAACUGCAACAGCAGCAGCCACAGCCGCAGCUGCAACCACAGCCGCAACCACAGCCGCAACCGCAACCGCAGCCACAGCUACAGCCACAGCCACAGCCACAGCAGCAGCAGCAGCAGCAGCAGCAACAAAUCAAAUUGGCGCAGACUAAUGUCGCCCAACAGAAGACACAUGUACAAAGUUCUACACCGAAAUUAGUCGUAGUGUGUAUGCCCACCAGUAGUCACACUAAUACAUCAGUUACGCAGCAAGCAAAUCUUACGGCAAAAACGCAAAGUGUCUUUGUUACGCAGCAGAGUGUCGAAAGAUCACUCAGUCCAGAAGAGGAACAGCCGUUUCAGUGAAAGUAUAUAUAAGAAAGAGACGAAAAUAGAACUUCCAGAUCCUUCCGUAUACAGUUAAAAUAUUCUUUAGAGAGUAAGACAAAGUAUUUCUAAAUAAAAAUAAACUUUUACGAAGAUAUUAAAGCUUUGUACGUUUUUAAUCUUUAAAUCUAACGAAUGUUCUUUUUAUUUAUUCAGUUGUGAAUUUUUUUGUCUAUUUGUUAUAUAGUAUUUUCAUAUCUAUGUAUAACAAAUGUUUCCUAUUAAGGAAAAUAUAAAAACAGAAGAACCA